AAAAGACAUAAGUGCCUUUCUUUCCUUAAACCAUUUUAUGUCUUUUUCUUUUAUAUACAUUGAUUUGAACUCAAAAAAGGAAAGAUAAUACACUAGAGAAAAGUCUUAACAAAUCAAUGCUCUUUAGAUUUUUUUUUCUUCUUUUUCAUGGUCAACAAUUUCUUAGCUAGGGUUUCUAUAAUUAGAACAACUCUUUGAGUCUUCAUUCUUUAAUUAUCUACCAAAUUUCUUCCUUUUCUCUUCAUUUUUCAGAUCUGAAAAAUCCAUAAGAGCUUUUUUGUUGUCCACUUCUUGAUUUUAGAAUCUUUCUAUUUUUGGAAACUUCUCAUGAAUUGCUAGGUUUUCUUGAUUUGGUUGUAUUAUUUUGUCUUUAAAAAGUUGUCCCUUUUAUACAGAUCAUUAAUUCGUAUCAUAUCCAAUCAUCCAUGAUUUUCUUGUCUCAAACCUUGGUUAGUGACCUUUCUAUUUUUGGAAACUUUCUCAUGAAUUGCUAAGAUUUCUUGAUUUUGGCUGACUUGAAACAGUUGACCCUUUCAAGAGAUUAUUCGUAUAUCCAUGUUUGCUUGUCAUCGCAAAUCUUGAUUUAGAGACCUUUCUACUUUUGGAAACUUUCUCAUGAAUUGCUAGGAUUUCUUGAUUUGGUUUACUUAAAAGUGUUGGCCGUUUCAAGAGAUUAUUCAUAUCCAUGCUUUUGUUGUGUCUCAAAUCUUGAUUUUAGAGACCUUUCUACUUUUGGAAACUUAUCGUGAAUUUCUAGGAUUUUUGACUUUGGUUAAUUGACUUAAUUAAAAGUGUUGACCCUUUCAAGAGAUUAUUCAUAGUCUCAAAUCUUCGUAAGUUGUUGAUUUUAUUACUCAAUAAGAAGAUGGUUAGGGGAAAAACUGAGAUAAAAAGGAUUGAAAAUGCAACAAGCAGGCAAGUGACUUUCUCAAAAAGGAGAAGUGGACUUCUUAAGAAGGCAUCUGAGCUCUCAAUUCUCUGUGAUGCUGAAGUUACUCUUAUCAUUUUUUCUCAAAAAGGAAAGCUUUUUGAGUUCUCAAGUUCCAGUACUAACAAGACAAUAGAACGUUAUCAGAAGAAUGACAAGAAUUCGAGACAUGACAAAACAUUACUUGAACAAACUACAGAGCAUUUGAAAGAGGAGGUUGUUAGCAUGAGUAAGAAGCUGGAGCUUCUAGAAAAUUCUAAAAGGCUUUUAGGAGAAGAUUUAGAUUCUUCCUCCAUUGAUGAACUUGAACAGGCUGAAGAACAAUUAGAUCUAAGUUUAAGAAACAUUAGGGCAAGAAAGAACCAGCUAUUCAGGGAACAAAUUUCUCUUCUAAAGUAUGAGGAAAAAGUCCUAGUGGAAGAAAAUGCAGAAUUGCGAGAAAAGAAUUUCAGUCACACCAAAGAGAGUGCAAUGCACGCGUCAAUCAGUUUGAGAUCAGCCCACGGCCUUUAUUUAUUGAUGGACAAGAAGAUGAAAAUCCUCAAACUCAAAAAAUGGAGGUAGAGACACAGCUAUUUAUCGGUCUUCCUCGAAGAUGAAAUAGUUAAUAAAGUUGUUGUCAUGUGACCAGGUCACUGGUUCAAGUCUAAAAAUAGUCUCUUGUAGAAAUAUAAAAUAGCAUUGUGUAUAAUAGACUUAUGUGGUCGGAUCCUUCCCAAAUCCUACUCAUAGUGAGAACUGAGAAGUUUAAUGCAGCAAACUGCUUUUUUUUUUUUUUUUAUCAGAGAUGAAGUCUCCGUUGAUUAUUACUAAAUGUCAGCUAAGAAAGUCCUAUAAUUCCAAGGUUUCUCAAUUGCAACUUUAUUCAAUUGAUGACCAUAGCAAAAAAUAAAAAUAAAAAAAAUAUUGGCAUA